UUGUGAUCAGUCAAAUAGUUGUGAAACGUUUUUUAAUCUUUUUAAGAAAAUACUUUGUAGUAAUUAUUUUAGAAAAUAAUAAUAGUAAUAUAUUUUUACUUGUGAUAUUUUUUUAUAGUGACAACACGUUUACUUGUAUUUUUCAAAAAUGACAACUGACAAAGAUGCUAUUACGAAAAGAGUGAAUAGUGUAUUAGAGACUCAUUUAGAAAAAGAAAAGGAUGCCUUGGAAGCAUUAAAAGAAAUAUCAGAAUUCUAUACAGAAAAUACAUUGGAAUGUAGAAGAGGUCUAAGAACUAAAAUAGAAAAAAGAAGUCUUGCGUUAAAUGAAGAUUUCUUAUCUGCUUUUGAAAAAGUUAAAGAUGCUGUAAAUUCUUUACACAACAAUGUAAGUUCAAUGAAUACUGCUGUUGUUAGUAUGUCAACACAGCUAAAAGAAACUAAAGCAGAAACUCAACAUUUGAUUGAACUAACAAAGCAACUACAAAUGGAAAGAAAGAAUGUGACUUAUCAGAAAGUAUUAGUCGACGCAUAUUCCAAAGCUUUUCAAUUAUCUCCAACUGAAGUAAACUGUCUCCGUACUAAUGAUAUUACUCAAGAGUUUUUUACUGCUUUAAAUAGAACCCAAAUCAUUAGCAAUAAUUGCCGUAAGCUAAUGCAAGCUGGUCAUCAAGCAUCAGCUUUAAGUUUGAUGGAACAGAUAUCUGGUUAUCAACACUUGGCUAUGGAAAGACUAUAUAGGUGGGCCCAAUUACAUUGCAAAGAUGUGGAGUCGUCUUCAAAUGGACCAUUGCUUGUAUGCGCUAUGGAAGUGUUGCAAGAUCGACCAGUUUUAUUCAAGUACGUGUUGGAAGAAUAUUGUACGAUCAGACAAGCCGUAGUAGCGCAAAUGUUUAUUGAUGCUCUAGCGGCAAAUAGCUCUAAUGGUGUAUCAAUAAAAGCGUUUUCAAAAGACAUUCGCAUGUAUGUGAAUAAUAUGCUGUCAUGGUUGAUCGAUCACAUACCGACUGAGAGAAAAUAUUUGACAUAUUUAUUGAAAAACUGUGAUAAAACAAAUAAUGAAGAAGAAAUAGCAUCGUGUAUGAGUAGUAUAACUGAGGGAUUGUGUAGUCCACUGUCUUCACGCGUUGAGAGCGUACUACAUAUGAAUGAGAACCCAAUUGAUCUUUACAGUGUUGCAAGUUCGCUUAAAUUUUAUCUUCAAAUAGUUAUGAAAACUGUUCCAGCUGGACAAUUAUGUCAGACUAUUGUCGAACUACAUAAGACAAUGGAAUGUGUGUUUUUGAAUAAAUUGCAAAACUUGGUACGCGACACACUUUUGGAACGAAUAGAAGCGCCUCCUACUGACCUGUCUCCUUCACCUGGGAUUGGACAUUUGUUAAAUAUUCUGAGACAAGUUUUAUCAGUAGCUGCUGUCACAGAAGACAAACAAGAUGACAUAUCGAUGAUAAUUUCUUGUGUGCUAGAACCUUUACUGCAAGCAAUUAACUUGAGCGCCUCAAGAUUAUCUCCACUUGACAUGGCUGUUUAUCAACUAAAUUGCUUAAACGAUAUACACAAUACACUAAUACAGUAUGAAUAUGUUGAGGAUAAACUUAAACGCUUACAGACUCAAAUGGAUGUACAAAUAGAAACGGCGUCUACAGAACAAACAAACUAUCUUGUUACACACUUGAAUCUGGAAGAAAUUCAAACAGCUCUUCAAGCUCAAGGAACUAACGCCCCAAUGUCACAGAUACAAGGAAUGGAAGCAGAAAAUUUAAUUAAUUUUUUGACAAAAAUUGAAACCAUGUUAGUUAUGCCAGACACACUAUCUGUACCACAAAUGGGUUGUUUAAAAAAUAAUCACCACUUUAAUAAGGUGAGACAACGGUCCAACGAAGUCAUUUCAGCUGUUUAUAAACAGCUCUAUGAACAUGUCCACAACCCAAAAAACGAGUAUGAAAACCCUUCGAAACUAAUGCCAAGAGCACCCGAACUAGUGCAUAAAAUAUUGGUCGAUGGUGAAAACUCAAAUCAUAAUAAUUCUGAACUUAUAAAUACCAUACCUGUACAAUAAAAAAAAGAAAAAAGAUUAUUUA